AUGCAACCCAGUCGAUGUACCAUCCCGACAACUACAGCAACAGAUCGAAUAGGCCGUGCCCCGCUCAAUCUUCACCUGGAUCGACCAACGCUGGGGCCCUCACUCGAUAGAUCUCUUUGCAUCACCCAGCAACCAUCAACUCCCAAUCUUUGUCACUUGGAACUAUCACCCACAGGCGGCAUGGGCGAAUGCCUUUUCACAGGAAUGGCAUCAUCUACAAGGCCGACUAUAUCUUGCUCCACCGUGGAACAUGAUUCUCCCGACACUGCAACGACUGACGCAACGCCCGCAGCCAGCCACUCUCAUCACGCCCAACUGGCCCUCAGCCCCUUGGUACCCGCUAGCUCUCCAUCUAGCUCUCCAUCUAGCUCAACAACCUCCGCUCCUUCUCUCGCAGCCUCUCUUGGUAAACGACGAUCAAUAUCAUCAGUUAAUUCAGAAGAAUACCAAAUGGACGAUGCUUGCUUGGAACCUCGGCCGAAACGUGCCCGCCAACUCACUAUCAAUGCAGCAGCCCGUACGUUACUAGACUCUUCUCAUCUCGGCAGCAAACGCCAGUACGCCUUCCGACAACAAGCAUAUCGAUUGUGGUGUGAUGCCCAGGAGUAUGAUUAUCUCGAUCCUUCGCCCACAUAA